UGACAUUUUUUAUCCCUCCAUUCAUUCUUACUGAACCCACGCAAAAUUAGGGCGACAACACGAAAUCCUCUUCAAAUCGAAGAAGAAAACUCUCUCUUCUCUCGUUUCGUUUCAAUCGUUACACUCCAAUUUCGCUUCCAUUCCCUUCCCUUUCGCUGUCCUGCAAAGCUCCGGGCUUUACCAUCUUCUUCUCUACAUCUUCUGUGUUCAUGUUCGGAUUUCAAGAAAUACAUUUUCUUGAUGUCUUUCCCCUCCUUCAUAACCCUUAUAAUCAUUAUUCUGAAAUCUCUUUUGCCUAUCUCUAUAAGUACCAUGAGUAAUGUUAUCAUGAUUCCUUCUGUAGACUUGAUUUACAUUGCAACCAACCCAAGUCUUUUCUCUCAUGCUCAAUUGAAAAUCAUACACUCUGAAAGCCUUUUUCCCUUUCAUUUCCUUUCCUCCUAUCAAUAUGUGUAUGAUUCUUCCCAUGAACUCUUCUCGCCUAUGUACCUUCUUCACAGUUCCCUUCCAAGCUUGCCUAUUUUAAAAAUAUAAGAUGCCAACUGAGGGGGGCAAUGCAUCAGCAGUUCCGAACCAAGGAGAACCCAUCGACUCUGAUGAGAGAAUUGAUCUAAAUGAAGACAAUGAUCCUGAGGAGGCUAUGGAUGAAGAGGUUGAAUAUGAGGAAGUUGAGGAAGAAGAAGAAGUGGAAGAAUACGUAGAGGAGGAAAUAGAGGUGGAAGAGGAAGGAGAAGAAUCAGACAAUGAUAACAAUGAUAUUACUAAUCAUGGUGGUGGGACAAGAAGUGAAUAUGACGAUGAGAAGAAAAAGCAUGAUGAACUUCUUGCCCUCCCUCCUCAUGGUUCUGAAGUAUACAUUGGAGGCAUUCCUCAUGAUACCACACAGGAGGAAUUGAGAGGUUUUUGUGAAUCUGUAGGAGAUGUUCACGAGGUACGCAUGAUGAAGGGAAAGAAUUUAACUGACAGUAAGAUUUUUGCCUUUGUGACCUUUACAAGUGUGGACUUGGCAUCAAAAGCCAUCAAGGAGCUGAAUAAUUCUGAAUUCAAGGGUUCAAAACUCAAGUGUUCCACAUCUCAAGCUAAGCACCGAUUGUUCCUUGGAAACAUUCCUAGGAGUUGGGGAGAAGAGGAGUUGAGGAAGGCUGUGACAGAGGUUGGGCCUGGAGUUAAUGCCAUUCAACUGGUGAAGGAUCCAAGGAACAUCAGCAACAACAGAGGUUUUGGUUUCCUAGAGUACCAUAACAAUGCAUGUGCUGAAUAUUCAAGGCAAAAGAUGUCAGAUCCAAAGUUUAAGCUAGGAGAUAAUACACCAACUGUGAGCUGGGCUGAUUCUAGGAGCACUAAUUCUGCAGCUGCGACUCAGGUUACGAAGGUUAAGGCAUUGUAUGUGAAGAAUUUACCAAAAGAUGUAACACAAGAUCAGCUGAAGAACCUUUUUGACUGUCAUGGACAAAUCACAAAGGUGGUUUUGCCACCAGCCAAACUGGGACAGGAGAACAAUAGAAUUGGUUUUGUUCAUUUUGCCGACAGGUCCAGUGCUAUGAAAGCGCUGAACAGCACUGAAAAAUAUGAAUUAAAUGGCCAAACUUUGGAGUGCUCUCUUGCGAAACCACAGGCGGAUCAGAAAGCUGUUGGUCUUUCAAACAUUCAGAACCCUGGUAUUCUUCCAAGUUUCCCACCCUAUGCUGGUUAUGGUUUGGGUGGGGCUGCUGCAUAUAGCCCUCUUGCCACAGGAUAUGGUGCUUCCCCCUAUGAUGGUUUGUACUUUAUGCAGCCGUUGUAUUAUGGCGGUGCACCAUCUCCUCCUGGCAUGGCAAUGAUGCCAAUGCUCCUACCUGAUGGCCAAAUUGGAUAUAUUCUGCAACAGCCGGGCUUACAGCACCAUCAUAUGACGCCUUCACAUCUGGCGAUGAAUAGUAGAAGUAGCAGCAGCAGUGGCGGCAGGGGGAAUAGAAGUGGUGGUGGUGGUAAUCCCAGUCGGGAUAAGCAUAGCAAUGAUGGCAGCAGCUACAGUCGCAGAUUUCGACCUUACUGACUUCUAGUGUUGUUUUUCCUUUGCAUCACAUCCUCCUCUUGUGCCGUUUUACAGUUUUCAACAAAUUAGAGUUAGAGCCCUAGCCUUUCUGUUUUUUUUGGCUAGCACAAUCAAAGCUCAGGUUUUAUCUAUGUUGCUGAGUUGUUUGUACGUGCUUGAUAACUUAUAUGCCCCAUUUCUUGGUUCAUUCAAUGCUUCCAGUGACUUUUCUACUGCCCCCAGAAGCUGUACUUAGUCAUUUGAAAUUCGAAUGUAAUGCAAUGUUAAAAUUGGAUUGAAAUUCUACUGCACUUGUAUUGGAACCAAAGAAAAGAUUCCUUGAUUCCUUCCUAUCUCGUUGAAAGCAAUAAACAGCACCUACAACUUCCUCGAUCUC